CUAUGCAACAACUGUACGAUGAUCUUCUCUCCUUCUAUCUUGUUUCUUUUGAAAUUUCGUUCGAGUGUUUGUUCUUAUAUCGAAGUAUAUGUGACUUAAAUCAGAGGAUUAAGUAAAGGCUCAGGGCAAUUUCAGAACAUGGCUACACGAAAUCUAGCCGAAAGUGAUGCAGUUAAAUCGGUGGAGACUGUGAAGGAUAAAUUCCAAGAUGAAUGUAAAAUAUUUCAUGAGUUUCUUCAAAUCCUUAAGGACUUCAAAGCUGAGAGGUAUAGCUUUUUGCUCUUUGUUAAUGCUUGAUUUUUCACCUAAAAUAAUUAAAUUUCCGUCUACAUAAUUACUCUUUAUGAUAUCUGUGGAAUCUGAUGGUAUAUAUUUUAUAGAAUUGAUACUUACAAUGCCAUAUUAAGAUUGAAAGAACUCUUUAAAGGGGAACAAGAGAUGCAUGGUUUUACGUUUCAAUACAUUCUCGCCAAUUCUUGGUUACCAAAUAACCCUACCAAAGAAGCCUGUUGAGUUGAAGGAAGCUCUUAAUUUUCUCAGGAAGGUCAAGACUAGGUUUCUGGACGAUGAUCGACCAUACAAAUCAUUUUUAAACAUUGUGAACAUGUAUAAAGAAGGUUAAAGGAGCAUUACUGAGGUCUAACAGGAGGUAACGUUCGUAACCAUUUGAACUAUAAUGUAUUUCACUGUCUUUGUUGCCCUUCUUGUCUUAGUUUGAUAUGUAUAUUUUGUAAGUGCAUAUCCUUUUCCGGGACCAUCAGGAUUUGCUCGUUGAGUUCACUCGCUUCCUCCCUUAAAGUGUUUCAUUGAAGAGAUUGGUCCCUAAACAUAAGGGAUACCAUUCUUUUCAUUACUGAUCAUAAAUGUAAACUUUGAAGCCUAUAAAACCUUAAAAUAGUUAACUUUCUUAAUUAUAAUAUUUUAAAAAGAUAUAGCCUAUUGUUUAAAAAUUGAAGUUUCCCUUUUAGUUUUUUUUCUUCCAAAUCUUUAUCACAUAAGUCCUUUAUGUAUUGUCUAGCUUUGUGGAAAUUAUUGUAUGUUUAGGGAAUUUCGUGUUCACUGUUCAGCAAGGACGAAACUUGUCCCAUACACUUCUGCGACAACUGUACGAUAUUCUCUCCUUGUGUAUUUUCUUGUAAUAUUUCGUUUUCAGUGUUUGUAUGACGAGUUACGGUCAAAUUUUCUUGUUGAUUCUUCUUCUUUAGUUGAUACUUGAUAGAUCUGCUUUGUUUUUGCUUUACUUGGGAUGCUUUCGAGUUUCAUUCUUGAAAUAUCUAGUUUUUUAGGUUGUCUAUUACGACUUGCGCAGUUGAUAUAUAUAGAUAUAUAUUCCACUUUUCUACUGUUGUAAGAAUUGUGAUUUCUCAAGACGUACAACACACAGUGAUCUACACAUGCAGCUUUCCCUUUUUGAUUACUCUUUCUUUGGGUAAUAAUGAAGGCGCUGGGAAACUUUCAAAAACAUGGUUGAACGAGCUCCAGAAUUAAGUGAUGCAAUUGAAUACGUCAUGACUGUGAAAGAUAAAUUCAAAGAUGAUAGUGAAAUAUAUGAUGAGUUUCUUCAAAGUUUAGCGGACUUCAGAGCUAAGAGUGUCACAUCAAGAAUGAAAGAACUCUUUAAAGGGCAACAAGAGCUGCUUUUGGGUUUCAAUAGAUUCUUGCCAACUGGUUUCCAAAUAACCCUACCAAAGAAGCAUCCUGGGUUUAAGGAAGCUAUUAGCUUUAUAAACAAGGUCAAGACUAGGUUUCUGGACGAUGAUCGACCAUACAGAUCAUUUUUGGACAUUCUGAAAAUGUAUAGAAAAGAAAAAAAGAGCAUUUGUGAGGUCUACCAGGAGGUGGUUAUCCUUUUCCGGGAACAUGACGAUUUGUUUGUUGAGUUCAUUCCCUACCUCCUUAAGUAGUUUGGACUAGCUUUCUUUUUGGUUUUUGUUAUUCUUACAAGUAAGGAAAAGUGGGAAGUUGAAGAGAAUGGUCCCUAAACAAAAGGGAGACCUCUUUGUUUUCAUUAUUGAACAACAAUAGAAUGAUUAAAAGGAAAUAGAAAAAAGACUUACA